GAGACACAGACGCAGACAAGGGGAGCAGAAGGCGCACACAAGCAAUGGCGAAGCUAUCGCCCGGCGGGAAACAUGUCGCCAUGGGGCUACUUUUCGGCACCGCCUUCGGCAUGGCACUGUCAGCCGUAUUGCGAAGCAAAUACACCGCGUCCAAGGGAGUGAAGAAGCAGCAACGCGAGGCUGUUCGGCCAAAGGUGAUUUGCUUCGGGGACAGCCUGACACAAUUCGGGUUUGAUGCCGAGAGGUUGGGUUGGUUGUCGCUGCUGGCGCACUGGUGGGAGCGCCGGUUCGACGUGGUCAACCGCGGCUUCAGCGGCUACAACACUCGGUGGCUCAUGCCGCUCAUGGACCGGCUCUUCGUGCCCGGCGGCAACACCCCGGUCAAGCUCGUCACCAUCUUCCUCGGCGCCAACGACUGCGUCCUCCCCGGCAACGCUCAGUAUGUACCCCUUCAGGAAUACAAGGAAAACCUUAAGCUCAUGGCGGCACACGUCCGCACGGUACACAAAGAAGCAAGGCUGAUGCUCAUCACGCCCCCUCCCAUCCACGAGAGGAAGUGGAUGGAGCACAGGCAGUUUCAGGCGAGAGACAUGGACCGCAAGCAGGAGGCCACCAUGUCCUACGCUGUGGCGUGCGCAGAGGUGGGCAAGGAGAUCGGCGCCAAGGUGGUGGACGCGUACAGACUCAUGGGCUCGGGGGCCGAGGACGCCGCGGACGAGUACCUCCACGACGGUGUCCACUUCACCGCCGAGGGUAACCGCAGGCUCUUCGAGGGGGUCAAGGCGGAGAUCCGCGCGUCGUUCCCGGAACUGGUUCCGGACACGGAGGAGGAGGGGGGGGUGGUCUCUAUGCAGGCCCCCCACUUCUCGGAAGUCGACCCGACUAACCCGAGAGACAGCGUGCUCAGGGGUCUGUGA